AUGCUCAUUUGGGUGCUUUGUUAUAUUCGUGUCACAAGUUUCAGAUGGCAUCAGAUGCAAUUCACGCAAGUGAUCAGCGAUGUCGUCUCGAGCUGUGCCGUGCCUUUUGCAAUUGGCAUAUGUCUCUUCGUCUGUGGCCUCUACAUCGUUCAUAUCAUAGCCAUCUGCUAUGCGAAGUAUCGCUUGCACCGACCGGUAACGAUGCGAACCGAUACAGAGGGUGUUUCGAUCAUCAAGCCAUUGGUUGGCACCGAUGAAAAUUUAUUUUUCAAUCUCGAAAGCUUCUUCAGGCUAAAAUACCAUUGUGUUCGUUUAGUUGGAUUUUCGUGA